AUGACGUGUAAACGGGGCCGAGGGCAGAACGGCAGCCCCAUCAUUGUGUUCCCAGAGUUCUCUGCUUUCGGAGAGAUUCAGGAGAGGGAGUUCCACAACGUGCUCACUUACUUGACCAACGUCCCCAGUCUGUCUGCAGCAGGAGUGGGUUUCAUUCUGGUCAUUGACCGAAGGCAGGACCGAUGGGCUGCCGUCAAGGGGACCCUGCUCCGCAUCGCAGGUUCAUUCCCAGGGAACCUGCAGUUGGUUCUGGUAUUGAGGCCCACCACAUUAUUCCAGAGGACUCUAUCAGACAUCCUGUUCAAGUUCAACAAGGAUGAGUUCAAGAUGAAGGUGCCGGUGAUUAUGUUGAGUUCUGUGACUGAGCUUCACUCCUACAUAGACCAGACACAAUUGACUACUGAGCUGGGAGGAACACAGGAGUACUGCCACGAGCAGUGGAUCUCACACCGUACCGACAUGGAGGGCUUUGCUUUGAUGGUGAAGAGAACAGCUCAGAUCCUGCAGUCGUUUGGGACAGAGCUAGCAGAGACUGAACUACCCAAUGACAUCCAGGCUACUGCAAACUUACUGAGAUCACACACUGACAAGAAAGACAAGAUGAAGGAGGAUCUACAGGUGGCUCUAGGACAGGGCAGCAGACUGUUGGAGAGUAUUAAUGAGCCAGUGGUCAGAGAUCCUGAUCACAACAGGAACCAGGGCGAACUGGAGAACCUGUCCACCGUACAGAGACUGUUGUCCCAGUUGGAUGAGACAGAGCGGGCGUGUGAUGAGUUCUGGGGGACACACCAGGCCAAGCUGGAGCAAUGUCUGCAGCUCCGCCACUUUGAACACAACUUCAGAGAGAUGAGAUGUCUGCUGGACCAGGUGGCAGAGAGAUUGACAGCUUUCUCAGAGGUGGGAAUAAACCCUGCCCAUGCUGAUCACAUCUUCUGUGACCUGAACAGCCACGAGGCGAGAGUCUUAGAGGUAUUGGACGAAGCCCAGGCUUUGGCCUGUGAGGGUGACGAGUUGAUCCAGAGCUCUCACUAUGCUGAGGACUCCAUCCAGCCCAAAUGCAGCGAGCUCCGAGCCGUGAGCAAGGAACUUAGUUCCACCCUGAGAGCAAGGAAAGAUCACCUACUCAGAGCUAUGGAACUACACCACAAUCUGGAGAGGGCUGCUAAAUGGUGUGGUGAUGGCCUCUACCUGCUGGCCUCCCAGCCCGUGGACAAGUGUCAGUCACAUGAAGGGGCGGAGUCAGCGCUGCAGGAAAUGGAGCGUUACCUAGAUACGACGGGACACAACAAACUAACUGAUCCUAGCUCCAUCUACAGUGAUUACAAGACAGUGCUCAACCAGGACUUCAGGGAUCAAAUAGAUCAAGUCUUUCAGAAGCAGGUAUCCGUGCAGGAGAUGUUUGAGAAGAGGAUGGUCAGUCUGAAGAAGCUGGCAGCCAAACAAACCAGGCCAGUCCAGCCUGUGGCACCAAGGCCUGAAGCCUUCAUCAAGUCCCCACUCUCCUCGCCAGCAAAGAGAGUGCUGGAGAAGAGUUGCUCAGAGGGAGACUCUAUGAAUGGGGUCAGCAGUAGAACAGUGGAGGGCCAGCUACAGAGCAGCAGAAGUACCUCACUGUCAGAGGAGGACGAGAACCUGGCCAUCCUCAGAAAACAUGUAAUGAAUGAGCUACUGGAGACAGAAAGGGGGUACGUGGAGGAACUGCACUGUGUCCUACAGGGCUAUGCCUCAGAGAUGGACAAUCCAGCCAUGGCCAGCCUCAUGCCCGCUCCUCUGCAGAACAAGAAAGAUGUGCUGUUUGGCAACAUGCCAGAGAUCUACACCUUCCACAAGAGGACCUUUCUGAGGGAGUUAGAAGAGUACCAAGGCUGCCCGGAACUUGUGGGUCGUUGUUUUCUGCAGAGGAUGACAGACCUGCAGAUCUAUGAGAAGUAUUGUCAGAAUAAACCUCGCUCUGAGAGCUUGUGGAGACAGUGCUCCGACUGCACCUUCUUCCAGGAAUGUCAGAAGAAGCUGGAACAUAAACUGGGCUUGGAUUCCUAUCUCCUGAAACCGGUCCAGAGGAUCACCAAAUACCAGCUCCUGUUGAAGGAGCUGCUAAAGUACAGUAAGGGCUGUGAGGGGUCAGAGGCCCUGCAGGAGGCGCUCACCUCUAUCCUGGGAAUCUUGAAGGCUGUCAAUGACUCCAUGCAUCUCAUUGCUAUCACUGGAUACGAUGGUCACCUGGGUGACCUGGGCCGGCUGCUGAUGCAGGGGUCAUUCAGCGUGUGGACGGAACACAAGAAAGGUCACGCCAAGGUCAAGGACAUGGCCCGCUUCAAGCCUAUGCAGAGACACCUGUUCCUGCACGAGAAAGCCCUGCUCUUCUGUAAGAGACGCGAAGAGAAUGGGGAGGGCUACGAGAAAGCCCCGUCCUACAGCUUCAAACAGUCCCUUAGUAUGAGUGCUGUGGGCAUCACUGAGAAUGCCAAAGGUGACAACAAGAAGUUUGAGGUCUGGUGCAACUCACGGGAGGAGGUGUACAUUGUGCAGGCCCCGACGACUGAGGUGAAAACCACAUGGGUGAACGAGAUCCGGAAGGUUCUGACAACACAGCUGGAGGCCUUCAGAGAUCUCCCUGCAUGUCUUCCAGAAGCCAGCCAACAGAGGUCGUCAGACGGACUGUUCCAGUUCCCUCCUACCGCUGGAGAACCUGUCAGCCUUGGUUCAUUUAGAAGAGGGGAGAGGAGCAUGAAAGUGAAGAAGGGAGAACCCAGCAGCCCCGACGCUAACUCCUCCCCAAUAACCAAAGACGGGGCAGUGACCAGUCCUACCUUUAACAGAGCAGCAGUGGCUAAAAAGCGUUUUACCUUGCAGGGCUUCAGCAACUUCAGCAAAGGUUCUCCCACAAGCCCUGACCAUAAAACCAAACGUCAUGAGAUAAAGAGUGAUCCCACUCCGUUCGGCUUCAAAGACCCAGACCCUUACGCUCACCUCCACCUGGGCCGAGUCAGGUGGCUCAGCACCUCGAGUCUCUUACAGACCAAGAGGAGAGGAUGGACCAAGGGCUCUCUCUCAUUGGAUGCCAACGAGGAGAAUGAUGGGUACUCUAGCACUGAAGAGCCCCUAACCUCUGACCCUGAGGAUGAGGGGGGAAAGAAACUGUGUGCAGGGAAGUACACAGUGAUGUCUGACUAUGAGAAGUGCAGCACCCAGGAUCUGUCAGUCAAGAGUGGUGAAACAGUUCAGCUGAUCAAGGAGGGAGAAGAUGGCCAGUGGUUUGUGAAGAAUCUGAAGACUAAGCAGGAGGGCUGGGUGGCUGCUGCCAACCUUGACACCCUGAUUGGAGAGUCCACGUCCUGCCAGUCUCUCACCAGCUCAGAGGGCAGUGGCUCAGGGAACCUCAGCACUUCAUCCAGCUGCUGUGAGACCAACACCAGCUCCUUUGACAUCCAGCCCUGAACCCUUCCCUGGCCACAUCAGGCCGCCCCUGGUCUCCAGAGCCGACAGCUACAGCACCAGCUGGUGGCUCCCCCAACAAAGCAGUACUUUCUUCCCCACCCAUAACCCAAUUUAGCCUCUCCUUACCCAGAGGAAAGCCCCUGGAUUAGGAUGCUGGUCAGCCACUUCAAGAAAAUGCCAACUAAUGCCAAUGUUCCAGUGACCAGUCUAUAGAUAGUAGUGUCAUUGAUUAGAGAAUGGAUCUGGUGCCCUGGUGUAAUUGUAGAGACACAGUGCAGUGUUUGUAGAAAGAAGCUACAUUCAUCCAUCUAUCCACACAUCCACAGGAUGAGCAAGUGGAGUAUGAGGUCUAGGAUUGAUGGAAGGUGAACUGUUCCUAGAUCUGACCGUCAGCUGUGCAAGCAGACCUGAGGCUGGCUAAUAUCAAUGGCACUACGGCAGACAAAAUGCUAUGGACAAGCUGGAACCUGGCAUAACCAAUAGAAUUUGAAUAACAUUCUAGAAUGAAUUAGAAUUCUAAUUCUAUGAAUCUGAUCAGGUGUCAGUAAUGACAUGGAUCGUGUUGACCGGUCUUGUUGUACUGUAGGCCUGUGUCACUGUUAUAGUUCUGUUGGUCCACAUCAUGGUACCUUUGACUGUCUAGAAAUAGACAAGACUCUUCGUAUUUUUCAAAUAGAAAGUUAUUGUAAAUAAAAAAGAUUAUGAAUGCAAUGAAUGUAAAGUAUACCUUGUUUAGCUUUUCAGAUUGUUGCUCUAUGAGUGUUACCAGUCACCUCAAACAUGUGACCAUGGAAGUAACCAGUAUGACCUAUGGUAGGCCUAUGACUAUCUUAUUGCCUGUUGGACAGUGGGGGUAACUGUGUAUUUGAAAGCUGAGGGAUGUGAAUGACUAGUUAUGUACUUUGAUAAACAUGUUAUUCUACAUAUUUCUAUCUCUGUAAUGUAAUCUCUCUCUACUAUUUCUAUCUUGCUUGGCCUUCCACCCCCUUGUCCUCUUAAUUAGCUUACCCUGUCCUACAACAUUAGUUUUGUAUGACUCAGACCACAGGAGGCUGCUGAGGGGAGGACUACUCAUAAAAAGGCCUGGAAUAUAAUGAAUGGAAUAGUAUCAAAUGCAUGGAAACCAUUUAUUCAGUUCCAGCCAUUACUUUGAGCCUUGUCCUCCCCAAUUAAGGUGCCUCCAACCUCCUGUGAUUCAGACAGAGCAGUCACAGUAUUCACUGUUGGUUGUCCUCGUCAAAUAACUUUGAGAUCCCUUUUUCAUCCACUCCUACGGCUGUCCAGUCACACAUGUAUUAAACAUGACUUUGGAUAUAGGCUGUCCAGUCACACAUGUAUUAAACAUGACUUUGGAUAUAGGCUGUCCAGUCACAUGUAUUAAACAUGACUUUGGAUAUAGGCUGUCCAGUCACAUGUAUUAAACAUGACUUUGGAUAUAGGCUGUCCAGUCACAUGUAUUAAACAUGACUUGGAUAUAGGCUGUCCAGUCACACAUGUAUUAAACAUGACUUUGGAUAUAGGUUGUCCAGUCACAUGUAUUAAACAUGACUUUGGAUGUAUGCUAGUCAUUUUACGGGCAUUUCUCCAUGUGUACUUUUCUCCUUUUGUUAAUAACUCAGUAUCCAGUAUACAGUCUUAAAUUAUUUAUUGCUUUACAAUCAUUUAUAAAGAUAUUGUUUAUUACCUCACUAUUUUCUUUAAGAAAUCAGAAAUUCUGUCAGCAUUGUCUGUUUUUUUUGUAUUAAAAAGGACUUUGUGUCAACUAAUGAUGACCCUAAACCCUGCCUAGUUCUACAAUUUCUCCUAAAUCAUCCUAUUUCCCAAGCAAAAAUAGCCUUUGCAUGACAAAAACAUCCCCCAUAAUAUUUUUACACCAUUAAAAUGCUCAGAAUUGAAGAAAUUGUACUCUCUCUCAUCUCUAACUAUCGGGAAGCCUGAAAGAACAGGCUGAGAGGGAGGAGAGCUUAUAUUCAUGAGCUCCCCUUGAAUGAGAAAACGCCCUUGUGGUCGUCGCCUGGUAACAAGGUAAACAAUCCUUACCUAAAUUGUAAUUCACAACCCAUUUUCUCUGCAAAAUGCUCUCAUGGCCAAGAGAACUGGCUCAUGUUCCUGACAUGUUUCACAUUUACAUAUCAUUCUUGGUGUACAGAUGCACUGUGUUUAUGCAUAUAUGAGUCCAAUAACAAAGACAGAUGUUUCCAAAAUAGAAUACAGCAUUCCUUUUCUCCAUAUGAAGUUUAGUCAGACUAUUGUUUUGUAACUAAUUACAGAAUACAUUUCUUCACAAUAAUUAGUAAAGCCCGAGACACCUUAGAAGCGUAGACAUAAAGGUAUGUAUAUGAAAACAGCAUAUAAUGAGUGUACUGGACAAUUUAUUGGUGCCUCUUCAUUAGCAUUAUAAAUAACAAUAUAUUCAGAAUUGUAUGUAUUGAUCAGACAUUUAUUUGAUCAUUUACAGAUUAGGCCAGCACAACCGAAAUAUUGAUCAACAUAAAUGAUGGUGAGAAAUAAUGAUGAGACAUCAUUUGACAUUUAAGAAAUACAUUAGAGCCAUAUGCCUUAUAUGGGCACCCGGCCACCCAACAGUGUGCAGGACCCUUUGACUCAUACAAUUUGUAACGCUGCAAUCCUGUCCGAAUGCUUGAAGAAACAAUACAAAGUGUGAUGUCAUCACGUAAACGUGAUUUACUUUGACUUUAGAAAACUCAACCACCUACAGAGAUUAAUGGGGACCCGCAUACCCCACUUCAAUCAAGUAGGCUUCAGUCACCCUCAGGAUUGACGUGGGAGACAAAUAGCUAGGCCCGCCUCCUUGUCAGGCCUCUCACACUGGGCCGACAGGGGUCCUGGGAUGCAUAGGUCAGGCCUCUCACACUGGGCCGACAGGGGUCCUGGGAUGCAUAGGUCAGGCCUCUCACACUGGGCCGACAGGGGUCCUGGGAUGCAUAGGUCAGGCCUCUCACACUGGGCCGACAGGGGUCCUGGGAUGCAUAGGUCAGGCCUCUCACACUGGGCCGACAGGGGUCCUGGGAUGCAUAGGUCAGGCCUCUCACACUGUCCUGGGGCCGACAGGGGUCCUGGGAUGCAUAGGUCAGGCCUCUCACACUGGGCCGACAGGGGUCCUGGGAUGCAUAGGUCAGGCCUCUCACACUGGGCCGACAGGGGUCCUGGGAUGCAUAGGUCAGGCCUCUCACACUGGGCCGACAGGGGUCCUGGGAUGCAUAGGUCAGGCCUCUCACACUGGGCCGACAGGGGUCCUGGGAUGCAUAGGUCAGGCCUCUCACACUGGGCCGACAGGGGUCCU